AUGUGUCUCAUAGAGCAAAACAAGGAAGUUAAGGUUAACUCCAAGGAGAAUCCUUCCCAGAACUCACCACCAAAGUCACCAACCGCCGCAUACGCAAUGUUUUUGCACCGCGAAGAGCUGAGAAGGAGAAAACUUCAUGUCUCUCGGGUUUCAGUUACCAAAAUUCACCUAACCAGCGAACUAAUCGCUCAAACCAAGCAGAAUAUACGGCAGUGUAGCUUCGAGGAUCUGGAGAUUCUGGCCAGGGAGACGCUAUUCAAGAAGAAUCUGCAAAGAAAUCUUUACUAUCGACGCAUGCACAUACAUCAACUGAUGAUAAGCAAAAAGAAGCAGCAGGCCAAGGACAAGAAGUGA